AUGACAGCCACCCAACCUCAACAAAGCAACAACGGCCCGGUCGCUACCCAGUACCCUGGCGCGCCUGCUUGUAAGACAUCGAGUUCAGCGUUUCAGCGCGCUGCCGGUUGGACCCAAACCCCCCGUCCCCUCGCUUCUGAAACGUGCAGGUAUUGCGGCAUCAGGGAGGGGAGAGAAGCCUUUUUCCAUAGCUGGGGUGGUCUUGUUGGAUUGGGUUUGAUACGUAAAAUGUAG